AUGGCUAGAGACAAGGAAGAUCAAAACACAACUGGUAGCAUGGAUCUGACUAGUCCGUUGUACAUGCACCCGUCGGAGAGUGCCAGAACAACGCUAGUUCCUGUUGUUUUCGACGGAACUGGGCAUAGGUCCUGGAGAAGAGGAGUCCUUAGGGCUUUGUCAGUAAAGAACAAAGUCGGAUUCAUCAAUGGAAAGUGUAAGAAACCUAAAAUUGAUGAAGUGACCUACGACCAGUGGGCUCGUUGCGAUGACAUGGUUACGUCCUGGAUUUUGAACUCACUCUCGGAGGAUCUAGCUGACAGCUUGCAAUAUGUCAACGACGCUAAGGAAUUGUGGCAGGAACUCGAGGAUAGGUAUGAUCAGACCAAUGGAGCGAAGUUGUAUCAACUACAGAAAGAAAUUAAUGACCUUAGCCAAGGCACUUUGGAUAUCACAGGAUAUUACACAAAAAUGAAACGACUUUGGGAAGAACUGAAUACCUUGAAUGCACAUGCACAGUGCAAUUGUCAAUGUAUUUGUGGUGCAAAAGCGAAUAUGCAAAAGGCUGAGCAGGAUCAUAAGCUAAUUCAGUUCCUAAUGGGCCUAAAUGAAGUCUACACAGUCGUGAGAGGCAUUAUAUUGAUGAUGAAUCCCUUGCCCAACAUAGCUCAAGACUUCUCUAUCCUAAUCCAGGAGGAAAAACAGAGAGAGAGGGGAGGUAAUACAGGGGAAAAUUCAUACAAUUCUAACAAAUCAGGCUAUCCAUCUGCUAGGACUCGGAUGUUCUGUGAUUAUUGCAAAAGGCCAGGACACACCAGGGACAUUUGCUAUAGAAUUCAUGGAUUUCCGCAAGACUUUAAAUUCACAAAGGGGAGAAAUGUUGCAUCUGCUGCAAAUGUUCAUGUAGAUUCUGAGGAAAUGGAAGGAGGAAAUCAAAGCCAGGGGCUUCAGAGCUUGACAAAGGAGCAGUACAAUCAAUUGCUUAACUUGCUGGAGAAAUUUCCUGGGAGAAACACAUGA